AUGAAACACCUUUUGAUCAACCACUUCAUUCUUCUACAUAGUUUUGCGCAGGCUGCAAGCAACAUAUAUACGGGCUUCAACUACGGUGCAUUUUGGAGCGUAGAGGCCAAUGUGAAAAAGAAAGCCGAUUUUCUCGACGGCUUCAACUUGGCCAAAAAUCUGACAACCGACAUACCAUUCGACAGUGCGCGGCUGUUCACGUGCAAAACUGCUGGAACUGUAGACGAACCAACGGAAGCAUUUGACGCCGCCGUGGAAUCAAAUACCAACCUCUUGUUGGGCUUCUGGAUAACACCAGCACGAAGCGGGGACUCGCCUGACGAAAACAUCAAGAAUGAAAUGGCUGCGCUGGAGAAGGGGUUCAAGAAGCAUGGCCAAGCACUUUCAGACCUCAUCAUUGGACUCUCCGCAGGAAGCGAGGACAUCUAUCGCGCCGAGGAAGCUGGUGAGCUAGGCCUCACAGCAGAGGUUGUUGGGCAGACCAUUGUCAAAGUCAAGGAGAGCAUUGCUGCGUCCUCGUUUGCCCAAUAUAUGAAAGACAAGCCCAUCGGACAUGUUGAUACUGCCAAACAUUGUGUCGUAGAUAGUGCUGACUUUAUCGGCAUGACUGCUUACCCAUACUGGAAUAAAGAUAGCAUUGACACAGCAAGUGACAGCUUCCAAUAUUCCCUGGGAGAAAUCGCAGAAAUGGGCUGGCCAUCAACCGAUACGGAGCAACAUGGUGCAGCAGUUGCAGGGAUUGACGAACUACAAAAGUUCUGGACCGAAGUUGGGUGCGUCGUAUUUGGCAAGUACACAACCUUUUGGUAUGAGCUACUGAAAGACUCUACGCCUGACCAGAAAGCCGACUGGGGUUUGAUCGAUACGCUUUCGCGCAAGCCUCGCAUCAAGGAUCUCAGCUGCGGAGUCCCAAAGCAAGGUCGACCAGUUGCCCCUUCAGUGAGCUCGCAAAUUACACUGCAGUCUUCUUUGUUAGCAUCAAACGGAUUAAGUGGCUUUCAGGCGCCCGUUCCCUCAACCACGCUAUCAUCGUCUGAGAUACAGCCAAGUUUUGGGAUAUGGGAAGCUACUCUAUCGAAGGUCGGGCCGAGCACGAGGUACCUGACGGCCUUCAAGACUACAACGAUAACCUCGCAGCCCAUACCUCCCACACCAAAGAUUUGGAGCAACGCGUCACUCUCAGAUAUUGCCGCAACACAAACUAUUACACAGUUCAUAACCAUUGUGUCUCUUUUCAGAAGCAAGACAACUUCAGACCGGUCCCUUUCAUAUUUCACAACUGUUAGCAUGCCAGUAUUGCCAAGCCGAUCCACUGCCAGUCCUAGUAGCCACGCUACUCCUAGCGCCAUGAAGACGACUACGAACCGUGCUAACCCUACGACAACGCCUCAUUUGACCACUUCGCUCGUCAAGGAAAACUGGUGUGUCACAGUCGCCGAUGUUGAUCGGAAUGGCCAUCCGGUCAUUGUCGCAGGUGGGCCUGCCGCACCAAAUGGAGAGUGUAGUUCACCACCUACCUUCUAUGGAUUUCCUUAUGUGACAAGGAGUGAAGCGGUCGUCACAGAGAAACCAUCCGACGUACCUGUUGGGAGGGCAUGGUGCGUUACCAUGGCUGAUGUUGAUAGAAAUGGGCAAAUGCUUCCGGUUGAUGCAGGUCCGGCAAUGUUGGAUGAUAAGUGUGAUGCUCCUUCAAUGUAUCAGUGGAAAGGAGGUAUGGCUUCAUGA